AUGACUUAUACGAUUAUUCCACCAGAUGGAAGAGGCGAUUCAGCCGGCAUCACGCUUCUUUUCUCUAGUGCUUUCUCACUUUUUUUGGCUGUUGUGGCGAUUGCACUCCGAUUAUGGGUCAGACAUAUUAAAACUACACCACUCGCAUUGAAUGAUUGGCUAUUGUUUGUGGGCUGGGUAGAAUCACAUUCUGCUUUUGAGGAAGGCUACUAAGGAUUUCAGAUCUUCUCGCUCGGCCUUACCAUUAUCAUUGUUAUCUGUAGGUUCUUCUCUAUCGUAGAAGUCAAACGGCAUGCGCAACAACUGAUUGGCUUAGUUGUUACAAUCGGUGGAUUAGGCCAGGAUCAAAAAGUUGUCUCGAAAGAAAGCAUUACUUUGACUCUUCAGGUUUGGAUCCGUGGGUCUAAUUAUACUUCUAUUGCUAACGAGAGCAAGUUAUUACCAGCUGCCGAAACCCUUUGGGCUGCAGCCAACACAGCAGUGAAGGUUUCGAUUCUUCUCGUGUAUAAAGAUAUUUUUGCACUAAGAAGUUUCCGGAGAGCUGCAGACACCGCUAUAGUGGUCGUUAUAAUGCUUGGUGUGGGAAACACAAUCCAGUGUCUUGCCAUUUGUCGGCCAUUCUCCUUUCAAUGGGACAAGACAAUUGAGGGUGGAAAAUGCGGCAAUCAAAACCUAGGGAUUUUGCUGGUAGCAUUUCUAAACUUGGUUACUGAUUUGAUUAUCGUUGUUAUGCCAAUGCCGUUGGUCUGGAAUCUGAAAAUGCCCAGGCAUAAGAGACUAGCAUUGAUAGGCAUUUUUAGCCUAGGUAUAAUGUAUAGUCCUGUGAUCACCCAAUUCGAGAAGAUCUUUGCUGACUCCAGAGAAGAAUUUGCGUAA